UUUCUCCUUUCGAAUAAGUUAUGACUCAUCUCAUUUGAUAUUUCACAGUUAUUGCUAUCUCUGUUUGUUAGUUACAACUCAUGCAUAUUUUUUUCAGCCUUUAGAUUUCAGUUUUUCUGUACAACACUUACGUUGUAAUCAGAAUAAUACAAUAUUGAUCCGAUCAGGCAAUGAUGAUUUUUCUAAAGUCAGCAACGCAACGAUGUUUACUUUUGUCACUCCAACAUGUCUACAAAUUUAUCACAAUUUAAACAUCUGCGCACCUGAAAAAGUAAAAGGUUUACGGACAGAGUACAUUCAAAAACAAACUAAAGGAUUAUAUAACAUUGCAGUUAAAUGGAGUAAACCUAUUCUACAACCGGACAAUUACACGUUGCGGUUUAACUCAUUUCAAUUUGAACCGCGUUUAAUGGUUGUAUCUGGAAAUGCAGUUGAAGCUCUUUUUUCGAACGUUGAUGUAAGGUUACAAUACGAAAUCAAUAUUGUAGCAGAAUCAAGAGGUGGUGUAAGUUUACAAUCAACUACAUCUGGAAAUAUCGAUCAAGAAUCAGAACUAUCGUAUCAGGAAGUUAUCGUAGCGUUAUCAACAUUAACUAUUGUCGCGGUGGUAUUUGGAAUAAUUUGUAUGCAACAUCGUAACAAAAAGACUAAGCAGAUUAAUAUGGAAUAUAUACAUUUUGAGGAUACUAUGGCCUCCUUAAAAAAAUCUUUACAACGAGAUUAUACGAUAGAAAAUAUUGAUACUCUUUUGCCUGAUGAUAAAUUUCAACUUGCUCCACAACAGUUGAAACUUAAAGGUAUAUUAGGCAGUGGAGCGUAUGGUAUUGUCAGACUUGCCUCAUUGCAAGAUGAAAUCGGCGGUAUCAUGGACGUAGCUGUUAAAAUGAUGAAAGAUAAUCCAACAAUAGAGAAUAUAAAAAAUUUUCAUAUAGAAAUUUCAAUGAUGAAAUCCGCCGGUCAGCAUCCAAAUAUAGUAUCUUUAAUUGGAUACUGUACUAUGUACAAUAAACCUUUAUUAGUAAUGGAAUAUUGUAGCAAGGGUGAUUUACAAACGUAUUUAAGAACGAUUGGGCAGAAUUUAAUGAAUGCUGUAUUCGAGUGUAGGAAUCACUUAAAAUCCAAUAUCGUGAAAUACAAUACUAUGUCGUUUGAUAAUAAAAACAUAAAUCAUGAAAAAUAUGUCUCCAAUUAUAAGAACGCAUAUAGAAUCGCCAAUCACUUAUAUGAUAUUCAACAAGAUGUGAUGAAAUAUACAGAAAAUGUUACUUCUGCUGAUUUAUUGAAUUUUGCUCGACAAGUAGCUACAGGAAUGGAAUUUUUAUCUUCUAAUCGGAUAGUACAUCGUGAUUUGGCUGCUCGUAAUGUAUUAGUGCGGCCAGACAGAAUAGUGAAAAUUUCAGAUUUUGGUCUCAGUCGGGAUAUCUAUCAAGAAAAUGUUUAUCGAAAGAAAGAAAAUGGUAAAUUGCCUUUAAAAUGGAUGGCAAUCGAGGCUUUAACGCAUCAAAUAUAUACUACUUAUAGUGACGUAUGGGCUUUUGGUAUUUUAUUGUGGGAAAUAGUCACUUUAGGUGCUAUACCUUAUCCUGGUAUUCCUGCAAAUAAAACUUUGCAAUUUCUUAAAUCUGGAUAUCGAAUGGAGAGACCACCAAAUUGUAGUCGGGAAUUGUACAACAUAAUGUAUUCGUGUUGGAAUAUAAAAUCACAAAGUAGACCUACUUUUAUUGAAUUAAAACAAAGCUUGGAUAAAUUGCUUGAUAAUUACUCGGAAAAUAAAUACUUGAGUUUGUGCGACAUUCUACAUGAAUCAACUGAUGAAAAUAAUGAACCAAAGUCAAAUACGCAUUAAAUAUGUAACAUAAUUAUACAUAACAAUAUUAAUCCUUUGCAGCAUGGUGUAUACUUUACACUUAAAUGAAUAAAAAGAAGAAAAAGUUCUUCACUUCCGAUUUUUCUGAUACUUUAUUUUCUAUAUCGCUGAUUCCAAAAAUAAAAUCAAAAUUUCAAAAUUUCAAAAUUUCUGGUAGUUUCUUCAAUAUAAUAGUUCCAAUUCCAAAAAAAGCAUAUCUGACGUAAAAUCAAUUGUAAGAAAAAAAUUGCUCUUAUAAGAUAUACUCAAACUCGAUAUAUGACGGUUUUUGGGGUUGCUGAUUACGAAUCUGAAGUCAAAGUUAAAAAAUUUUUUUAAUUUAAGAUGGUGGAUCCAAUAUGGACAAAAUUCAUGAAUAAUAGGCUAAUUUAUUUCAAUUUGAAUAUCUGGAUGGUUUUAAAAUCUCUGAUUACAAAUCUAAAAUUAAAAUUAGAAAAUUGAAAAUGGCAGACCCAACAUGGAGGACCAAGUUUUUUAAAAGUGGUUGGAUUUAUUUAUAUUUGGAUAUUUGAAUUUUUUGAAUUAUUAUUCAUGAAUUUUUAUUCAUUAUCUAAGAAUACUGAAUUGCGAGCUCAAUAUGACUCUUAAGAAUUGCAAAAAAAA